AUGGAUGGCAAUGAUCCACAAAGAGCAAGGUUAACAAAAGAAGCAAAGGAAAAACAAAAUGAAAACUGGCAAAAAUUAUGUAGAUUGAACCCCAGACUCGUGGGCACUAACUUAACUAAAUACGAGCGCUUUGUUUUAGAGAACGUCAUUACUCCAUUCGAUAUGAAUGUCAAAUUUACAGAUAUCGGUGGCCUAGACAACAUUGUUGAGGAAUUAGUGGAGAGUGUUAUUUAUCCAUUAACCACACCGGAGAUUUUUGAAUCCAGUUCAUUAUUAGAAGCCCCUAGUGGUGUUUUGUUAUAUGGUCCUCCGGGUUGUGGUAAAACUAUGAUUGCCAAGGCAUUAGCCAAAGAAAGCGGUGCUAAUUUUAUCAGUAUAAGAAUGUCUUCUAUUAUGGACAAGUGGUAUGGUGAAUCCAAUAAAAUAGUAGACGCUAUUUUCUCAUUGGCAAAUAAAGUGCAACCGUGUAUUAUUUUCAUUGACGAGAUUGACUCUUUUUUGAGAGAGAGGUCUUCAACUGAUCAUGAAGUUACAGCAGUGUUAAAAGCUGAGUUUAUGACCUUAUGGGAUGGAUUAGUCAGCAAUGGAAGAAUCAUGGUCUUAGGUGCUACUAAUCGAAUGAAUGAUAUUGAUGCAGCAUUUUUAAGAAGAAUGCCCAAAAGGUUCCAUGUUGGUUUGCCCGAUCAUGAAAGCAGGAAAAAAAUUUUAACAAUUUUACUAAACGAUACUAAAUUAGAGGAAACUGAUUUUAAUAUGGAUAUGAUAGUAGCUCAUACAAAUGGGUUUUCAGGUUCAGAUUUGAAAGAGUUGUGUAGAAAUGCAGCAUUAAAUGCUGCAAGAGACUAUAUAAAGGAUAAAAAAGCUGGCAGAGACACAAAUAAUGGUAUGAGACCACUACAAAAUAAGGAUUUUUUUAAUGUCAAUAAUCAACUAGGUAGCAAACCCUUUGCUGAUGUUAGAGUGUCUAAUCCAGUAUUAGAUUAA